AUGUCACCUGAAUAUACUAAUACAGUUAUUGAUGUUAAGAAAUAUACACAAGAAUUGAUGAAUAAAUUCGAACAAAAGUUAAACUGUAAUAAUUUUUAUAUUUUCAUACAAUUAGGAAAAGAGAAUAAAUUGAUGAAUGAAAGAGAAAAACUAGCAAACGGUGGAGAAGAUAUUGACGAUGAAUUAGAAAAAGAUACCAAAGACAACACAUUGACUAUUUUUAUGUAUCUAUCCUCAGUAAGUUUUAACGAAAGCAAUGAGUUGAAUGAAGACACAUUUAUCCAUCGGUAUUACUAUCAAAUUCUUGAAGAGAUAUUUGGUAAAACUGAUUUUGCAUUAGUUUGGGCGAAUGGCGAGUCUGAAAGUUUGAAAGAAAGUCAGGCAUUAGAUGGCAACAAUCACGAAAGGAAACCAGACUUUUAA